AUGGCGUCAAGUGAUAAUAAAAAGCAGGCAAUCGACUAUAAAGUCCCCCGGCCAAGUUCAAGUGUUAUACUUGUAUCCCCUCAAAAUGAAGUCCUCCUUCUUCAUCGGGUAAAAACAUCCUCUUCAUUCCCGUCAGCGCACGUAUUUCCGGGUGGAAACAUAUCUUCCCAGGACGGCGACUUUCCACCAGCAGGGCACCCGGAUAGCCAUGACGAUGGAGCUUACUAUAGAAAAGCUGCAAUCCGUGAAAUGUUCGAGGAGAGUGGAAUACUCCUUGCGAAAAAACGGAGUACCGGCCAACUAGUGAAGCUUAGUCCAACAGAGCGAGAGGAAGGCCGACAUGCCAUCCAUAGGAAUGAGAUCACAUUUGAUCAAUGGUUAAAGAGGGUAGAUGCAGACGCUGUGGCAGAUACCGGAAUGCUGAUUCCCUUCUCACAUUGGAUAACACCUGCUAUAAAUGCUCGCCGUUUCACAACACAAAUGUACAUUUAUUUUCUACCUCCUGCAGAUGAUACCACCAGCGACAUUGCAAAUACAGGAUUAAGCAGCGAAGAAGUCCAAGUGCCUACUUCCGAUGGCGGGUUAGAAAUUACCGAAGCGCAGUUCCUCCCGGCAUCGGAAUGGCUACGACGUGCGAAGAUGGACGAGAUAAUCAUGUUCCCUCCUCAGGUGCUAUUACUGAGCUUUGUCGCGCAGUUUCUCGAAAGAGCAGGUGAAAGGACACCAAUACCGGCUGCAGAGUCUUACAAACGACGCGAAGAGCUGAUCAAGUUUAUUCACUCGGGUGACCCUGCAUGGUCUCAUAAAUUCAUUUCCCCACGGCCGUUAGGGAGCAUGCCUGAUGGCAGAUUAAUUAUGGAUUUAAACCACCCAGGCCAGGAACUGGAAGGAACUGAGAAAAGAGGGGAUCCAGAAAGGGUUAUCCUUGUGAAGUUCAAAAAAGAAGGGCCCAGAGGAGUAGAAGUACGAUGGCUCAGCGAGGUUAAAUCUCAUCUGCGGGAUCAUAAGAGCCCGCUCUAG